UUAAACGCAGGGAGGGAAAAAGAAGAUUCCUGGGAAAAUCCUUCCAGAAAGAUGAAAAAACUCAAGAUAUAGGAAAAUCAAUGCCGUGGCAAGUCACACAGUCUGGCAAGGGAAUGGGAUGAAACAUUUAUUACUGGGGACACUAUAAACUUUGUGCCAUUUAAUGACUCGGAGAGUGUUCCUGGGAUAUGAGGGAUUCAGUAAGGAUCAGAGAACAUGUACAUCCAAGGCUAUUUAAAGUAUAGUUUCAAAUGAAUCAAAUAUCUUCAUUACAUUGUUACAUUCUUAAUAGCUACAUUUAUUUUCACUGUGAUGCGUAACAUUCCAACUCUGUCUAAAAUUGUUUCGUAUUAAGGGUCUCUGUGAGGACCCAUUAUCAAAAUUUCUCACUUUUCUUCCAGCGGUGUAUAAAAGCUCUGGAAGUGCAUUUUGCUCGCGGGCGGAUCAGCAUGGCCGGCAGCGUGUCGCUCGGAGUUGGGACAGCUCUCAUUCGUCCGUUCAUUCUUAGCCAAGAAACUUCCUGUAAACACGGGUUUGUUUACAGCAGCCAGUGUGCUCAUACCCGGGAUUUCUUAAGGUCAACAUUUCUUCUGGCACUCUGGCGCUGAUCUGCACUUUAGUCCCUUUAAUUUAACAGCUCCGGCAGCUUUUCUAGUUAAAUCGACUGUUCAUUAUUGAGCCCCAUUUUACGAAGGGCUGUGAGGUGCAGUUUAAUGAAUCUCAGGCACAAAGAUGCCUUUCACUGCUCAAGGAAGAAUGGAAGCUAUUUAGACUCUGUAGGGCUGUAUGUCAAAGGGAACCCAUAAUAGUUGUCAGGCACAGGCUAAAAUUCCCACUGGUGCGGGAAUGCACGAGAAAUGAACGUACAACACAGGCAGAUUAAGACACUAGCAGGAUAAUGGAGAAUACAGGCAGAUUAAGACACUAGCAGGAAACUAGAGAUUACACGCAGCAGUACAGUAUAACCUAAAUGGAAGCACACAUUUCCAAACCCAGCAUUGAGAAUGUCCCCGAUCACGCAGACAUGUUGACUGAUGAGUUUUGUCCUCUACAGUACAGAAUACGUACACAGCGUGGGACACAUUUACAGUGCAGAAGACAGAGCGUAUGGAUCACAUCCAGUUGUUUAUGCUUGUGUGGAAAGCACAAUGGGACCAGCCUGGGACAGUUGAACAAGUGGCUAUUGUCUUUUUGCUCAGUGGGAUGCCUCAGACAAAUCCCUCCUAGUUGCAGGUGGUCAGGCGUGAGCAAAGAGUUAAGUCCCAGGGUCCCUCUGCCCCUCCUCCUUUAUGUCUUGACAUCAUUGGCCCUGCCCCCUAAAAUUCCCCAGCCUUCCCCCAAAGCCUGUGCCCCAGUCUUGCUUUCGGUAGUUAAAAGAAACACUGCGUGCACUUAACGCAAAAACAGCGGGUUAGCGGCUCAUUAACCUGAACUUCUUCCAGAAAAGCACGCUUUAGUGAUGGUGUACGGGUCUAAUUCGGAGUACCACUGGACAUCUUGGGAGUAGUUGUUGUGGAAAGACAUGGCUGUUCAGACUGCCAUCAUGAACUCACAGUUCCUUGGUUUCUGCUUUCCUGGCUCGGUAAUGGAGUUUGGGGCAGAGAAGGUUCUGGAAAGACGGCUGCUGGGUGAGGUGGACGGCGAGGGCGACGUCAGACAGACGAGCCGCGAUCUGCUCAGCUUCAUCAACUCUGCCUCCAGCAACAUCAAACUGGCUUUGGACAAACCCGUGAAGUCCAAGAGGAAAGUCAACCACCGCAAGUACCUGCAGAAGCAGAUCAAGAGAUGCACGGGCAUCACGGCCCCUGUGAGCAUGUCAGCUCAGGAGUCGUGCAAGAGACCAGAUUCCAGCCAAGCUCCAGCCAGCGUCCUGCAGAGCAAAACGCCCCCCAAACGCGACGGGCUGCAAGAGAGCCUACAGAGUAAAAGUCUGGCUGCACUCUUCAACGCUGCCCAGGAGGUGCGAGGGGAGCGGCCCAGAAAACCUCCGCUACGCCAUCGCAACUUGCCCCGGUCCUUCUUCACCGAGCCAGCCAGCAGCUCCAGUGUCACGUCUACCUCUGGCAUGUCCCUCAAAGACCUCGAACGGGGAAAUCCAGACGCAGCAGAGUUCUUCGAGCUCCUGGGGCCUGACUACAGCAACAUGGUCAGUGAGCAGGAGGUCUUCCACACUCCGUCCCCCAGGAUACAGCAGGGCUCUGGAGGCCCUGAGCCGGGCGUGUUGGACUCCCACCAUUUUGUGACGGGAGGUUUCCUGUAUGCAGAACCAUGGGGCACCAACAGUGUGCAAGCAUACAAGAAGACCGAGGGGACGAGGACAGGAGCCGCACAGCCGGCCCUGUAUGGCAGCACGCAGCCACCGGGGCCAGCCGGGGCCCCCUGCUCUCUCUCCCUCUACAGCUUCUCUGACUACUCUGGCUCUCAGGUUUCGUACGAUCAGACGGGCGGAUACGGCCGGACCAGUUUCCCUCCCCUUUAAGAGACGUAGCCUUCCUUUUCUAGUAGAACCGUUUUCAACAUCAGUCUGGAAAAAAGAAUAAAGAUGUUCAUCUCUAUGACAGUAAACGAGAAGGAAGACUCGGCCUUGAUUUCUUAUUUGUUGAAAUAUUUGCCUGAAAACCCGCAGCUGGAUAAUCGACCCGCGCGUGUGGCGUCCUGGAAUCUCUGAAAGCUCACGUCUCAGUCGGAGGUGAACCUACAGCCUGUAUGUCUGAUCCAAGCACAGAACUCAACUCACAGAACUCAUCCUUCUGUUUUUGCUCAUUCAAAGAGAUGCAGUCCUCAAGGUGGACUUGUUUUUAGAAUAUUAUCUCAGGGUCUUAUUUCACUUGCUUCCAUGUUUAAAAAUAGCUACAGCCAUGUAGGUCUAAAGAAAAAAUAUUUUAAAAGAAAGAUUACUUUGUACUUUUAAUAUAACAAGAGCUGUAUUAGGUUGUGACUCUGCAGUUAUAAUUAAUGUAGUGCAGAAAGUUGAUUUCAAAAUGAAUACUAGCAUUUUUAAUGCACUCUACAUCAGACACUUUGCAGAAUAACCUGUCAGUAGUAGACUGUACAGUUAAUUAUACAAAGGCCUGCUUAGAAGCAUGUGCACGUCACUUUCUUCAAAAGCAAUACUGGCCUCUGUAAUUGAUCAAUAGUGGCCUCUGUGAUUGAUCAAUAGUGGCCUGUGUAAUUGAUCAAUAGUGGCCUGUGUAAUCAAUUAAUUCCUUUACGGUUGCAAUAACAAUAAAUGAUCGUUUAAUACAUUACUGACAGAGUAGAUACAAAGCUAUUAAAAUGGACUCCCAAAUGGAUUUGGACUUAUCACUACAUUCUAACUUUGGUAUAGGAGUGAAAAAGAUAAUAGAUAUUGGACAUUUCUAAUUAAUGUGUAAAACGGCAAAGCUACACAUUAGAUCACUCUAACAUGUAGAGUUAUAUUUAACUCUUUUUAUUGUACAAGGGACACGUUUUGACUAAUAAGCACCUGUGUUUGCAACGUAUAAGAUGUUAAAAACUCUGGUGGCUUCUCGUGUAGUUCACAGUAAAUCUCAAACUGUCAGCAGGAAUAAUGUUCAGGUAGGCCAAGCUCAUUUUUAGGUGCUGACACUUGAUUCCAGUUUUGCUGUGUGUUUUUUCCUCUGCCUCGUGUGAACGGUAGGAGUAACAUUGUAUAUGUAGAAUCGACCAUUAAGUGUGCUUGUUCGAUCUGUGAUGAGGCACAAUAAAGCUGGUCUUUAUUCCUGUCAGA